ACCUCAUGCCUUCACAUCCCCUGCCCCCUCCUUGCCUUGUCUUCACAUGCCCCGCCCCUCUCACCUCAUGCCCUCUACAUGCCCCGCCUCUCUCACCUCAUGCCCCUGCCUCCUCUCUCCUCGUGCCCUCACGUGCCCCGCCCUCUCCUCUCACCUCAUGCCCUCCGAGUGCCCACCCCCACGGAGGCUUGGAACACCUGAAGCGGAGCAGGUGCAAAACCCUCGGCCCGUGGCCUUGACGUGCCAUUAUGGACACGUCGUCGCCUGCAUCUCCAGAGCCCUUCCUGGCCACCCCGCAAGCUGAGGUGUUGGAGGAGCUGCUUCAGACACAGCUGGGGCCCCUGCCCCGACUUGCCGCCAUCUGUAGACUCAAGCGGCUGCCCUCAGGUGGCUACUCCACCACAGACGACCUGCAUCUGGUCCUGGAGCGCAGGCGCGUGGCCAACGCCAAAGAGCGUGAGCGGAUAAAAAAUCUCAACCGCGGCUUUGCAAAGCUGAAGGCUCUGGUGCCAUUUCUACCACAGAGCAGGAAGCCCAGUAAAGUUGAUAUCCUUAAAGGUGCCACGGAAUAUAUACGGAUACUUGGCUGUGUUCUGGAAGGGGCAAAGGCCUCAGAGAAACAAGGCCCUGAGGAGCAGCAGGUCCACAGUAGCAGACCCUCUGACCCUCACGUGUCCUCGACUAGAGAGCUCUUGGGAAAUGCUACCCAACCUACCGGCUGUGCAAGUGGCUUGAAGAAAGAAGAGGAGGGGCCUUGGGCGUAUGGUGGCCAUAGUGAGCUGUACAGCUAUCAUCAGAGCGCAGUACCUGAGACUAGGAGUUACUUCAUUCACUAGGAGUUUGAUAAAGGAUUCCUUCUAAAACAGUCAUGUAUAAGUUGAAAAGCUCACAGAGCAU